CGAUGACGUAAGACGUAAUGCCGUCACCAGGCGUGCAAACACCGCCUCUGCCUCUGGGAGUUGAAGUUUCCGAAGGCCUGACGCGUGGAGCCGAGAGCACCUCAAAAAGGCUUUCUGGCCGCACCCUGGCGUUCCCCCUCGGCCCCGCGGCUCGUUUUUUUCAGAAACAACAACUAUGUCAUCUGAAACGCUGCCAGCAUCUAUUGAGCCUGCUAGUGUAGAAAGCAAGCUGGGCGGGAGUGCCAGUGAAGAGGAGAGACAGGAGCCAAGAACUGAUGCAGGCACCGAGACAAUGUCGAAACGACAAAUGAAGAAGCUGCUGAAGCAGAAGCAAUGGGAAGAGCAGCGAGAGCAGCGCAAAGAAAAACGAAAAGAAAAACGCAAGAGAAAGAAAUUAGAACGACAGUGUCAACUGGAAUCCAGCUCGGAUGGAAAUGACAGAAAGCGUAUUCGGAGAGAUGUUGUUCAUAGCAGCCUCCGCCUUAUCAUCGACUGCAGCUUUGAUGACUUAAUGGUGUUAAAGGAUAUUAAGAAACUUCAUAAACAGAUUCAACGAUGUUAUGCAGAAAACCGGCGAGCAGCACAUCCCGUGCAGUUUUACCUGACAAGCCACGGAGGCCAACUGAAGAAGAACAUGAAUGAAAAUGACAAAGGAUGGGUCAACUGGAAGGAUAUCCACAUCAAGUCGGAGCACUACAGUGAAGUCAUAAAAAAAGAGGACCUGGUCUAUCUGACGUCAGACUCACCAAAUGUCCUGAAAGACUUGGAUGAGUCCAAGGCCUACGUGAUUGGAGGGUUAGUGGACCACAACCAUCAUAAGGGACUGACUUUUAAACAAGCAUCCAGUUAUGGAAUUGAACAUGCACAGCUCCCUCUAGCAGAUUUUGUGAAGAUGAACAGUCGAAAAGUCUUGGCAGUUAAUCAUGUGUUUGAAAUUAUCCUGGAGUUCUUGGAAACAAGAGACUGGCAAGAGGCAUUUUUUACAAUCUUACCCCAACGGAAAGGAGCUGUUCCUGCACACAAGGCCUGUGAAAGCUCUCCUCAGGAUCAGCAGUCCAGGCCAGGAGAAUGGGACAGUGCUAGCGAGGGAGAGCAUUGCAGGAGUGACCCUGGCUUGCCACAGAGAGAGAAGCAGGGCCAGCGAAGCAGCCUGGUGUCUGCAGCGAGCCCUGUCCCACAGGAGCCUUCCCUGCCCUCCUCUCGCUGAAGUGAGCCAGAGUGCGGUGCUUCAGAGUCCUCGGACUGCAGGAAUAUUGAUCUUCUCUCAUCUCUGUUGUGGGAUUUUAAAUCUUUCCCAAGGGUCAAAUGAUAAUGAGAAACCCUUUAAGCACUAAGAAAGGAUUAUUUGGUUUUGUGUACAAAGACUUAAAGGAAUGAUUUCAAAAUUGUUUUAAGCCUCAGAUCAGAGUCAUGGAGGAUUUUGCCACACUAGUAUGCUUUCAUUCUUCAUCCAGUGGCAUCUAGCCUUCAGGGCGUGCCUUCUGAC